AUGAAUGAAUUAAUAAAUGAAAAAGAUAAAAUGAAAAGGGAAAGACAACAAUAUGAUGAUGAACUGGAAAAUAUACAAGAAAACGAAAAUAGUAACACAAGUAACAAAACUAUUAAUGCAAUAAAAAAUUCAGACGGCCAAUGUGGGAAAUGGAAAUAUUCAAAAGAUGAAACUGUUAAUAUGGAUAGUAAUAUAUCAAUAUUGACAAGUAAUAAAAAUUCUUGUAUCAUAAAGGAAGACAGUAACCAUGAUUAUAAAACAUGUCAUAAUAAUACAUGUGAAGAUUUUCAAAGGGAUAUAAAGAAUUUUUAUAGUGGUAGUAAUAUGGAUUAUUUAAAAUUAGAAAGUAUGGGUGCAGUGAAUAUGAAUUUACCAUCUUCCAGACAUAAAAGUAGCAGUAACGAUAAUGGAAAAAGUAGAACAAACAGUAAGGAUAGUAAUGGGAAUGCAAGUAAGAGAGUCAUAAGCGAUGAUAAAAAAUUUAGCACGCCGGAGAACCAAAAAAUCUUCAGACACAGAACCGAAAAUGAAGAAUGCACAAGAUCAAACAUGGAAGACAUCUGUUAUAGGAAACAGAGGAAAUGUCCUUUUGAUCUUCAUCACAUUUAUAAAAAAUUCCUUAUGGAAAAAAGGAGGAAAACACAAAGAAAAAUUUUGAAAUGCAAGGAAUUUCUAAAUAACAAGAGAACUAAUAAAAUCUUCACUACGAAGACACUAGAAAUGAAGAAGAAAUAUAUUAACAGUUUUUCAUAUGAUCACUUUAAUAUAGAAAAAUGUAAUAAAAAAGUAUUAUUCAAAAAUUUAUUUAAUGAUGAUAAAAAUUGCAAUUUAAAUUUUAAUAAUAACUCAAAAACUAGUAGUUUUUUUAGUUGCAAAUCUUUACAAAAUUUAAAUUGUAAUAAAUUAAAAAAUGGUAACCAUCACCCCAUUUUAUCAUCGAAAGACAUUAUUAAGCAUUUUGAAUUUAAAAAUAAAGUUAAAAAUAAAUGUUUUACGAAUUAUAGUGAUAAUAGGAUUUACAGUUGUUCAUGCAGAUGUGAUCACAGUAAUGAAAGGAACGCUUAUUCGGACACAUAUGUAAUAUAUUCCCCUCAAAAAAAAAAAAAGAGGAAAAAAAAAAAAAAAUUGAAUAUUCAUUUUUAUAAUGAAAGUUUUAAGGAAUAUAUGUAUAAAAAUACAGAAGAAAAUGUAACACUUAAAUAUUCUUCCAAGUGUUAUGAAUUAUUUCUCAAUGUUUAUAAAAAAAGAAUACAAGAUAAAUUUAGUAAAUACAAAGAAUUACGUUUAAGAAAAAAGAUAAAUUUUAUUCCGUACGAAAAUUAUAAUUUAACCAUAAGAAGUAUUAAAAAAAGGAAAAAAAUUUAUUCAUAUUUUAGAAAAAAUAAAAAAUGCUUUGUAAAGAAGAAAAGGUAUAGGAAAAAAAAUAAGUGCGAACAAAUAGGUGCAUACGAUUUAAGAGAGGAGGCCAAUAAAGUGAUUAACGAAAAGAUUGAUGUCUGUCAAAAGGAAGAAAAUGUACCAACUGUUUCAAAUGAAAAAUCUGAAGAAGGUGAACUAAUGCGAAAUUAUAUGGAUUAUAUCCCGAAGGAAGAAGAAACAAAAGCACAACCAAUUAUCCUACAAGGUGAAACUGCUUAUAAAUCUACUGUAAGUUCAAUCAAAGAAGCUAAUGAUGACAAUGGCGAAUUGAUUGAAAUGAAUAUAGAAGUACCAAUUAACUAUGAGACAAAUCAGCAGACGCAUAUUGAAGCAGAGGAAAGCAUGCUUCAAUCAAAAGUUGAUUUAAUAAAAAAAUCUGAAGACGUGUCAAAAGAGGAAAAGUUAGAAAACGAACCAAUCAUGCAAGAUGUGUGUAAUGAGAUGAAUAACCAUAUGAACAAGGUAAAAAAUGCUUGUGUAAUAGGAAAGGACAAAUGUGCAGUUCAAGAGGGGCCAUAUAAAGAACUAAGGAUAACAGGAAAAAAUUUUAUAAAAUAUGAUGAAGAAUUGUUUGAGAAUUUAUAUAAUGAUACAUAUUUAAAAUUUGGAAAGAUUGUCACAAAUAAAAGUAAGAAAUAUUUCCUAACGUACAAAAUUAUAAAAGAUUUUUAUUUUCGUAUUUUAAUUUUAAACAAAGAAAAAUUAGAAAAAAAUAUUCUUCAAGUUAUAGCUAUUCAGGAUGUUAUUUUGUAUGAUAAAAAUGUCAAAAUUUUGAGCGAUGCAUUUUACGUAAGAAAUAAUAACAAAAUGUAUGCUGUAAAAUUUUUAAAAGUUUUCAGCUUAAAAUAUUUAAAAAAGUUAAGAAAAACAAGUGAAAUAAUUUUUUCCGAUAUGGAAGAGGAAUUUCAAAAUGUGAAUAAAGAAAAUUGUGAAUCAGCCCAAUCGCAAACUGCAGAUGAAACAAAAUCUACUUUCAAUAUUAUGGAAAAUGAAAAUAUAAAAGAUGAUGAUUUAAGUAAAAAGGAGAUUACGGAAUCAUUAGAUGAGAUAAAUGAAAAUAAUUUGGAAGUCUCGGAAAUGAAUCAAACAUGUGAACCGAGUGAAGAAGGUAUUAAGGAAAAUGUUUGUGCAUCAGAAAAUACCUAUUCACAGCAGCAUAGCAGAGAAUACAGCAACAAUGUUAGUAAUAAGAAACAAGUAGAUAGUAUUUCUGGAAGCGGUAAUAAAUAUGGUGAGAGCAAAAACUUGGAAAAUAAUCCCACAAUCAAUUUAAAUGAUGAAAGUGAUAGAUAUAAUAUUAAUGGAAAUGCAAAAUUGAAGAAAGAUGAAAAAAUUAAUGAUAAAGGAAAGACACUCAAGGGGACAAACAAGAUGGAGAAAAAAUCCAAUGAAAUGAAGGAAGAUAUUUUGUCUAAUGAUCAAAUCCUUAUCAAAGGUAGUACUAAGGACAGAAAAAGAAAUAUUGAUAUGAUGAAAAGGAAAAAUAGUAAAAAAUUCACCGGUACGACGAAAAGGACAGACGAAUUAAUCAAAAAUAUGGAUGUGAAGAAAUGUAAGAAAAAAAGCAAUUUUAGGUUAAAGAGUGAAAAUGAAGCAUGUAAUAAGGAACAGGAAGAACACAGUUACACGGGUAUUAUAUACAAUGACAAAAUAAAGUUUUAUUUUAAUAUUCAAAAAUUAAGUGAUAUUAUUAAUAUUGUUAAAGGAUCGGAAGAGAAAACUAGGUUUUAUAUAGAUACAAAUAAUAACAAUAUUAAAAAAAAAUUAAAAUUGUUUAAAAAAGUGGAGAAAACCUUAUUUUUGGAAAAUCUCGUCAUAGAUGAUGAGGAAGUACUUUUUAAGAGACCAAAAUUUUUUAAUUGUAUUAUUGAAGAAUGUUUUGAUAAUUUUAGUGUACUAUACGAAACAGAAAACGGAAAUUUAAAAACUUUUGACAAUAAAUUAGAUCGAUUAAAAAAGAAAAAAGCCAAUAAAACAGAUACUGAUGCAUCUAAUAAAUACAUUGAAUUAAAAGAUGAAGAAAAGGGAUUUAAAUAUAUAGGUUAUCGUGUCAGUUUUGAAUUAAAAAAGGAUAAUAAAAAAAAAAGCCAUUUCAAAACUGGUAUUAUAAAAUAUUAUUCUCCGAAAUAUAAGCAAUUUUUUAUUCAUCAUAUAGAAAAUAUCAAAUCUAACUCCUCUGUAGCGGAUUCUCCAAAGAGUACUAACAGAGAUACAGGAUAUACAAAAAGUGGCAGCAGAAGUAACACUAUUGCUUCACUAUUUAAGGAGUCCAAAGAAUAUAAUUUGUUAGUUCAUUCGGAAAAUCCACAAUUCGAUUGUAUGGAUAAUGAGGUAAGUAAAAACAUGAGUAAUAACCAUAAUGUGGGAUUAACUGAAGAUGUUGAUAAUGAUAAUAACACUUAUAUUGGAAGAAACAGAGAAGAAUUGAUGUAUUUAAAUUAUGAACGAAGACUUGACGAAGAGAAUGAAAAGAAAAAAUGUGAUUUCACCUUUUCAGAUAUUAAGGGAUGGUAUUCUCCCCACUUUUAUAAUAUAAAGGUAUUGAAAACGUACAAAGAAUUUGAAAGAUUUGAUAUUUUAGAUAAAAAUGAUAAAAGAAAGGAACAAGUUGAUUUCAAUAUUUUAAAUAAAAAAGAUGAAUGCUCCAUAUGUAAGAGUAAUAUACUUUUCAUUAAGGGCCAUGAUCAUUACACCAAUAGCCUCUCCACCAUCAUAUAUGAUUUAAGUAGCGAAAUAGAAAAAAAAGAAAUUGAUGAAAGUAAUAUGAUAAAUGUUUACUGGGGUAUUAAAUGUUUUAUCUGUUCUAAAAAAUUUCAUGCCAAUUGUUUAGACGACGAGGUUAUAAUUACCAAGGGGUAUGACAAAAAUGUGCUUAUGAAAGAGUAUAAGAAAUAUAUUUAUAAGAACAGUUUAAAGAGGGAUAAAAAAUGCUUCAAGAAUGAUAAAAAUAAAGGUUCAAGAAAUGCCAGUAAGAAAGAAGAAAGAUCAAAGAAGGUAAAGAAAAAUAUUAAUGAUUCGAAAUCUGGAGAUGAUCCCAAGUCGAUAAUAAAAUCAAAAAAAUGCUUCAAUAGGAAGAGAAUCGUUGGAAAUGGAAAAAAUGGAUCUAGCAGACGCACAGAGGAUGUAUCAAACGUUUCAGCAAAGGAAGAAAUUGAAAACAUGAAUGAAAAGUUUAAUAAGAACAAGAAGAAAGGAAACAAUGUAUCGACAAGCCAAAAUGAAUGUGGCAAAAAUGACAGUGAAAUUGAAUAUAAGAGCGAUGAUAAAGAGGAUAAAAAUAAAAGUGAUGACAUAAAUGAUGAAGAAUAUACUGAUGUAGAAACAAAUAAUUGUGCAAAAUCGAAAAAUAAAAAAUCGAGAAAAUGUAUAAAUUAUGUACCCUCCGUUAAAUAUAAUGAUGUGAGCUACAAAAAAUACGUUUGUAAAGAUUGUUAUCGUUGUAUAUACUGUUGUGAAAGUAUAUAUAAUUACAAACAAACACCAAAUAUAGCUAAUUAUGUGAUAUGUAAAUCGUGCAAUAUGGUAGCCCAUGGAUCUUGUUGUUUUCCAAAUGUUCCUGAUAUUUACCUAUUUAAUUGGAAAUGUGAUGAUUGCUUAAAAUGUAACAAAUGUGAUUAUUCGAAUUUGUGCUUUAUUAAUUACAACGAAUGGGAAUUGCAUUUAGACUGUUGCAUAAACUGUUAUAAAGAAUAUGAGAAGAAAAAUUUUUGUAUUAUGUGCAAUGAGAAAUAUGAAAUAGAUGACAGCAACAAAUGGGUACAAUGUGAUGUUUGCAAAUUUUGGAUUCAUUUAAGUUGUGAUAAAAAUGAAAGUAGAAAUAUAGAAACAUUGUCGAUUAAAAGUAUUAAUUAUAAAUGCCCAACAUGCAGAUCUGGUUCUUUUUAUGAUAAAAUUGAAAGAAUAUUAUAUCUAUUUUUUUUAUUAGAUAAAUAUAAAAAUUUUACAUUCCAUGUACCCAUUAAUUUUUAUAUCUACUGGAGAAUUGUCAAAAUUCCUAUGAAUUUAUAUAUUAUGAAAAAAAAAAUAUGGGAGAAAAAAUACAACAACAUAUCUGAAUUUCUAUAUGAUUUUAUUCUGAUUAUACAUAAUGCGAAAACGGUUCAUAUGCCAAAUACCCCUAUUUAUAAAAAUGCAUGCUUUUUUGAAAAAAAAGGAAGAGUUAUUGUUAAAAAUAUGUUUAAUAUGAAUAAUGAGGAACUGAACAAAUGCUUUGAUGAAUGCUUAGAAAAUUACAAAAAAAUAUCAAAGGAAGAAGCAACCAAUGAUAAUAAUAAUAAAAAUGAGGAAGAAAAUAAGAAUUAUGAUGGGUUGUUUUUAUCCGAUGGGCAUAAAAUAACCACAGGUGCACCUAACACCAGUAGAGACGAUAUUUUUGGUAAAAAUAUUGAUACUUUUUCUGAUAAGAAGAAUAUCACUUCCCAUACAAAUAAGUUUGAAAAUAUGAAAUAUUUUACUGAUUCUGGAAUUAUGAAAGAGACAACUAACAUGAAUGAAUAUACGAAAUCGGAUUUACAUAACGGUCAAGAUAAUAGUGGUAACAUAUAUUCGAGGAUUAAUAAUUAUCGAGAUGCAUCUACAAAAUACUUUGACAACAAUGCAGCUAUUAAUGAUUCUAGAACACUGGAAGGGUGUCUCAAUCCUCCAUAUGAUAAUAACAUGAACAAUAUAGCAUAUCAAUCUCAUAUACAUGAAAAUGCUAAUGGUGCUUUUGACAAAUCACUUCAAGAGAAUGGAACCAAUUUACAAGCAUCUAAGAAAGUGUUCGAUUUCUUGAAUGAUUUUUCGCAAAUGGAAAAAAGCGCAUUUGGAACAUAUGAUAAUAAUCCCUUAGAUAGACUAUCCUGUAAGGAUGAUAUGAUGCACUAUAAUUGUAACAGUAGCAACCUGAAUAAGAAUCAUUUGAAUAAUAACAUGGCUAGAAAACGAAAAUUAGAAAAUUUAGAAAAAGAUAUUACUCAGUAUGAAUUGUAUGAACUGCUCGAUUUUAAAAGUGACUCGGUUUUUAUUCACAAGAAUAAGGAGAUGUUUAUUUCUUUAAGUACAGAUAAAAUCAGUUACAAUAUUCUUCAUAUUAAUACAAAAGGUAAAAUAUAUUUUAAUCGAUCCUAUGACAAGUUUGAUGAAUUUGAUGUUUGUAAAAUAGGAAAGGUGCAUCUUAUGAAAAAGUGCAAUAAUUCAGCGGCAUUUCAUAGUACAACCACUAUCAAAGGGUGCGACAAAGGUCAGCUGCAAUGGAAUAAUUACAGUUCUAAUGAAAAAGAAAAUUUAUUGAAUGAUAAUUGUGUGGAGACUAAGAUAAUAAGUGGUGUUGUAAAGCAUGAUGAUAAAGUGACAUCAAAAGAUGGAAAAUAUUUUGAGGUUAACUAUAAACAAAUAAAGGAUAGCAAAAUACGUUAUAAUAAUGACAAUUCGAACGUGUUUGUAAACCAAAAUAUAUUCAUGAUUGAAAUAAUUAAGGAAAAAAUUAAAAUGAAUCAUGUGAUUAAGGAGAAAACAAAGGUUUUAAACCCCGUAAAUAAUUCAUAUAAAUUUCUCAAAUGUGUUCAAAUUAUAUUUUUUGGUGAGGAUCAAAAUGAUGAUAUUGAAGGGAAGGAGUGGUAUUCAUAUGCUGUAAAUAUGAGUCAUUUGACUAAUUCCAUGAAUUGUGAUAAUUCUACUGAGGAAGAAAGUAUGGAUGACGUUUCGAUGGAAUAUGAUGACAGGAGCACAGGAAAUAAAAUAUACACAUCUUUGGAUGAUAUUAUUAUGCAUAUCGACCGUAGGAAAAGAAAAUAUGGCUCAACAAAAAAUUAUCAAGGUUCGAAUUGUAGUAAUAACCCUAGUUAUGAGUCAUUUUUAUGCCAACAAAUUAGGAAGAAGAAAAUGCAAGAAAAGAAAAUAAAACUCUUCAACAAUGAUAUAUUAAAAGAGCAUUGUUAUAUUUGCGGAUGCAUAAAAUAUAAAAACCCUUUUGUGUACUGUAGUGCUUGUGGAGUAUCAAUUCAUUAUUCCUGUGCUAAUAUAUCGAAUCCGUUUUUGUUUAAUUUAACUGAUUAUGAUGAACACAGGAAGGAGAUAAACCAGAUUUAUAACAUUAUAACGAGAAAUUUCAAAUGUAAUAAUUGCAUCAAGUGUGCUAAAUGCGACGUUCAGUUUAGUGAUGCUGAUAGGGAUAACUUUUAUUCAAACAUAACUAAUAUAGAUACAUGUAAUGGUGACAAUUUAGCGAAAAAAACAUCAAUUGAUUAUUUCUACAAUUUGAAGGCGGAAGUAGUUAACAUUAAAAAAGAUAAAAAUGUUCAAACAAGAAAAAACCUAAAUAAUAUGAGGUUACACACUGAAAUUGAAAAGGUGGAAGUAGGAGUAAUUAACGAAUCGAAUAAUAAUACUAACAAAAAUAAUAACAAUGAUUAUAAUGGUAAUUAUAGUAAUAACAUUGAGAAUAAUAUAAAAGAUGAAGAAAGGAUUACACAACCGAGCCCACUUAUAAAAAUGGAAGUAACAGAUAUAUCACCUAAUCACCAUAAAUAUGUUGAUAAAGCACAAUGCGAAAGUAUGAGUAAUGAUAACUACCAGGAUCAGAGGAAAGAUAGUGAAAUUAAUAAUAACUUAACUACGUGUUCCAAAAAAAGAAAGAAACAAAAUGCCAUUGACACUGAUACUCAUAAGGAAGAUUCUAGAAAAGAUUUACUGGGAACAUAUACCAGUGCAUAUGUAAAAAAUGAAAGUGAAACAGUAUCAAAAAAUAUGGAAGUCGAAUUAACACAAAAAAAAAAAAAAAUGUCACAACACAAGAAAACAAAUAAUAAUAAAAAAAGUGAAGAAAAUGAAAAUAUGGAACAAAACAUUACCAACAGCAUUGUAAAUAUUUUGAGCAUACAUGACGAAUCGCAAAAGAUAAUGAAAUGUUUCUGUUGUGGAAAAUCAUCACAUAGUGAAUGCUUUUAUCGAAUAGAUAGAAUCGCAGAUUUUUGUGCUCAUAAAAAUGAUCAGGACGCACAUAAAAGAACUGUUAAGCAUGUGUCCAAAAGACAUUAUGUGAAAAAGAAUUAUAACAAAAAAGUUCCUACAUUUAAAAAUGAAAAGCCAUUAGUCAAAUUAGAAAAGGAAUUAUGUUCCACCAAUUCAUUCGAUGAUAUGAUGCUUAACCAUGAUAACAUUUCGAGGGAACUUUUGAAAGAUAAUGUUUUGGAUAAUUCUUUCAAUGAAACCAUAUCCAUAGUUAGUAAAAAUGCAUCUCCGAGGGGAAAUAGAGAAAUGGGAGAUAAAAUAAAAGAAACUGAUUAUUUACAAUGUAAUGAGACACAUAAUGAUGACUUAAAAAUAAAGGAAGAAGAAAAGAAUAAUGCUAUUACAACACCUUUUUCUAAACAAAAUAACAGAACGUUGGUUAGGAUGAUUUCCCCACUUAAAGCUAACACACCAAAGAAAGGUGGCACAGAUACCCAUUUUAGCAGCAGCCUUUUUUAUAGUUACGAAAAUAAAGCAAGUGCAAAAUCCUCUUUAAGUAAGAACAGAAGAGAUGGUUAUGUUAUCCAGUCUGCUAGUGUUAUAAGUGCUGCAGAAAAUGGUAUUAACAGCAAGGUUAAGAGUAUUAUAACGAGUAAUGAGCUAACGAUGAAUAUAUCUAAUGAAGGUAACACAAGUAAAUAUGAUUUUAUUACCAAUGAUCUGUGGGAAAAUGGGAUCGUUCCGAAUGAUGAAUUUAUUAACAAAUCGUUAAAAGGGAUUAGAAGCGGAGAAAUGAGCAAUGAAACUGUAGUUAUAAAUGGGAAAAAGUUUAAUAAGCACUUGAUAAAUGAGGUUUACGAAGUGAUAAAGAAUAAAAAAAAUGUAAAAAUAAAGCAUUUUUUACACUUAUUUUCAGCUAAUAUUGAUGAAACUCUCGUUAAUUAUCUACUUUGCGAAAUUUUGAAUGGUUUAAAUACCUAUCUGAAUGAUAAGUUAAAUUACUACAGAUUGAAUAAGUAUAUAAAUAAUACGAUGACCACGACAGAACGUGUAAAAAAAACAGCAAAGGAAGAAAAACAUUAUUUGUUUGAUAAAAGAAACCUCAUUUUGAAUGAUAAUGAAGAAAAAAAAAUUUCAGAAAUUAUAGCAAAAAUAUAUACACUAAUAUCGGAAACUUCAUCAAUUCCAUUAAACAGAAAGGCAUCAUAUAGUAAAAGAACGAAUAAAAAGAAUAACACAAAUUGUAAAAAUCAUGAUAGUACUAUUAAUCCAAAUGAAAAAAAAAGUAGUAGCAGUAGAAGUGAUAAUCUAAUAUGCAAUAAUUCAAGUGAUAUGAAUGAUAAGAAUAAUACUAAUUUCAUGAAUGACACAUUAUUUAAAAAGAAUGACGAAAAUUCAUUUACAUCUUCUCCUUUCGCUGUACGUUGCACUGAAUAUAAUAAAAAUUUCGCACUUGACAUUGAUACCUUAGAUCAAUGCGAAAUGAAACAGUAUACCAGUUCAAACCCUGUUAACAGUUUUGAUUUUAUGAAUAAUGUGAAGAGUUUAGGAUAUAAUAACGACAUGAAUAACGUUAAUCAUAUGAGCGUACAUCCCACAAAUGGUGUAGGAAAUGUAUGCAGUGCCAGUGUUGUAACCCCCCAUGGAGAUACAAAUGAACACUUAAAUGCAAGUCCCAUUAAUAAUGCCAUGAAUAAAAAGAAUAAAAAUGGCUCUUAUAUGAACAAAAGUUUAUACAAAAUACUCCGUAAUUUUAAUGAAAAAAAUCUGAAGAAAUUUAAUUUUUCAGGUAAUAUCAAUUCCUCUUAUUCUUCACCCAACAUGGGUUAUAGUCCAAUCAAGAAAAUAAUAAAUUUGGAUAAGACUAAUAAUAUAAAAAUGAACGUGAAUAAUAUGGGUGGUACAUACUCUGAUUGCAAUUCCAAUAUAAUUGACAUGAGUUAUAUGAACAGUCGAAUCUCUAGCACUCCGCAUGGAAACAUAAAUAAUUACAGUAAUGUCCCUAUUGUGAAUAAUACAAAUAAUAUAAAAAAUUAUAAUGGGGAAAAUAUGUGCAACAACAGUAGUUUCAGUAUGCAAAACACAAAUGUAGAUAGUGGAAAUAAUAUGUAUAAUUUAAUUAGUACGAACAAUAAUAUGAACACAUCGAGCACUGUAAAUAUUAAUGAUUUUAGGGUAAAUUCUUCUAACAUGAAUGAUAUAAAUAUUGUACAGAAUAUGAGCAUAUUGAAUAAUAAUAAUGUGACAAUUAAUGUGAACAAUAUGGAUGGAAAAAAUGAUCCCUUUAUGAACUUUAGCAAUUUAGGUAAUAUUGGAAGUAUCAGUACCAUGAGUAACAUGAAUAACAUGAUGAAUGUAGGAGGAAUUAACAGAAUUGGUAGCAUGAGCAGGGCGAUGAGCACAGGUGUUGUCAACAGCAUUAAUAGUAUGAACUGUGGGGAUAGCAUUUUCAACGAAAAUCCUACUUCCUAUACUAACAGUAUGAACAAUGGGAACAGUAUUUUCAAUAAAUCAGAUUACAAUGAAAAUGAAGAAAACGUAUUCCAUUUCAAUGAAUUGAAAAAGUGCAAUACUAAUGUGAACCCUUUAAGUCAUGUGGACAAAAUGAACCAUGGAAGAAGUUAUACUGAUGUGAUUAAUAUGAAGUAUACCAAAAACUUUCACAAUAUGAACAACAUAAAUGGUUCCUUUUCAAAUAACACGUCGUCUAAUGUAUAUAUGAAUGAGACAUUUUUUCAAAAUCCUCAAGGUUUUUAUAAUAGCAAUGAAAUGGAUUAUACGGUAAAUGAAAUGUCUCUAGAAAAGAACAUAUACAGAUCUGAUAUAUACAAUAAUGAUAUAAAUUUGCAUAAAAGUAAUUAUUAUUUUUAUAACAAUAUGGGAACUCGCAACAAUUCCCCAACGGCAACCAAUAAUGUGACAAAUAACGUGAAUAUGCCGUUAGAUUAUAAUACUCUAAGAAACAGUAGCAUUUCUUUCAAAGGAGAAAUGCAUACUGCACCUUUUGACAGUAGAACAAAUAACGAAUAUUUUGAAAUAAAUAGAAAAUUAAUACAUAAUGUGAAUACAAAUAAUGAACCCAUUUUUUCGAAUGACAGCAACAAUUUUAUUCUUUAUAAUAAAGAUAUACAAAACAUGAACAAGGAUGGAAGUUAUAUCUCCUUUUUUCAGAAUAAUAUAAGAUUUGGUAACACAUCAGAUAUGUCUGAUAUGAUAAGUCCAAAUAAAUUUAACGAUAUGCACAAUGUUUAUAAUAAGAGCAUUAACAAGAAGGACCAUGUGCAGGCGAAAACUUUGUUAAAAUCGAAUAUUUCCAAUUUGGAAAAAAUUAUAAAUAAUAGCAAGAAUAAGAAAUCUUUUAAUACGAAUGACAGAUUGACGAUUGGAGGAAACAACAACAAUAGCAACAUUUGCAACAGUAAUUACAACUACAUUUGUAACUAUAGCAGUAAUUACAACUAUAGCUAUAAUCAUAAUAAUAGCAGCUGUGAUCCAAGUGCAUACAAAUUUAACGAAAAUGAAUCAUUUGUAGCGAAUGUAAACGAAAGGGGAAUUUCCUUAUCACCAUAUCAGAGUGCAGAAAAUAUGAACACAAAUUAUCCUGUAAAGAAAUUAAAUGACAAAAAUGUGUUGAAAACAAGAGUUGAAAAGAAUAUUUCUAACAACUCAGAACAUCAAAUAAAGGAUAUACAAAUAUACAGCACCCCAUUAGAUGAUAGCAAAAAACAUGUUGCUUAUAAUGAUAUAAAACAGACAGCUGUAGACUUAUGUAAUGAAGUAAAGAAUAAUUUACAAACCUGCUACUUUUAUGGAAAUGGUGAAAUGUCAGAGGGAGAAGAAGUGCUAAACAGUAAGAAAAGAAAAUUGAAGUUUUUCCCUUGUAAUGUAUUAAUAAAGAAAGAAAAUGACGGUAUAUAUGUGAAUGAAAUGGAUAGAAUAAAUGCCAUUGAACCAGAUUCUAACAACAACCCUGAUGAAACAGCUAAUACGAACAUCCAAGUAAAGGAAAAUAGGAAUAUAUGUGAACAAAUGACAAAGAAGAAAAAAAAGGAUAGCAAUUCCUCAUCCAUUGAAAAGGAAUGCAAGAAGGAAAGAAAAAAAACAGACAAUAACACAUUUGAAAAUGGAAAUAUUAGUAAUGAUUUUAAAAAGAAAAAAAGAAAAGGGGAAAAUGAGCUAAGUCAAUGUAUUGAAAAGGGGGAUAAGAAAAAGUCCGAAAGGAAGGGAUCAGAAAAGGCUGACAAGAAAUCAGGAAAGAAGAUUGAAAAAAAAUCUGAUAAAACAAGUGACCUUAAGGAGGAAGAAAAUAAAUUAACGGAAGAGACGAAUCCUGCAAAAGAUAUAAAAAAUGCUGAGAAGGAAAAGGAACAAAAUAAGAGUAAAGGAAAAGAACAAAAAAGGAAAGGGGAUAAAACUGAGAAGGACAGGAAAGAAGUGAAUGUGGAAAAAACUACCAAGGGAGAAAGUGAGAAAAAAAGAACCAAGGUGAAAAAAGAGGAAGAAAAACAAGAGAGGAAAAAAGAAGUAAAGGAAAAAAAGGGAAAAAAAAAUGUUAAGGGAAAAGAUAAAAUUGAAGAAAACAAAAUUGUAACAAAAAAGAAUGACAGUUUACAGGAAAAAGAUAAAAACAAAAAAAACAAUGAAAAGAGGAGAACAAAAAUGAAGAUAAAAAAAGAAGUGGACGAAAAAAGAACAGAAAUGGAGAUUACUAAUGGUUUAGAUGACAAAAAGCAUCUAUUGAAAGAGUACAACUCUAUGAAGAUCUCUGCUAAUAACAAAUUCAUUUGUGAUAGCACCAAUAUUCUAAACCGUGUUCUUAAAAAUGGAAACUUAGGAGGCAGAUUUAAAAUGGGCAAAAAUUACAGAAGAAGUAUCGAUGAAGAUUUGUGCCUAUAUUCAGACACUCGCGAAUCUGAUAACUCUGCCUUGAAUACAGGACUCGCAGGAAAUGUGAGAAAGAGAAAUAGAAUAAAUAAAUUAAGCACAUUCUUAAAGAAGAAUAAAUUCAUGUUAAAAUCUAAGUUUAAGAGGGUGACUCCCAACUCCUACUUGUGCCAAAAUUGUGUUGUGUUAUACAAAAAUGAUUUUUCUUUUAAUUCUUUUAACGAAGAAAUAAGAAACCUUGAAACCCAAAUACGUGAGAAAAACAAUGAGACAACUGUAAAUAGCGAAACAAGUAUUUUUCAUACUAAAAAGGAGACAAAUGAAGAGAAAGAAGUUUGUCCGGAAAAAAAUUCCCUAAAUAUCACAAAUAACAAUAAUGCAAUUGAAGGCAAGGAUAAGGAAAAUUCCCUCGUCACAAUUAAUAACAUUUCAUACGAGACGAAUGUGAAUGGUGUUGGAAGUGAGAAAAAACCAACUGGUUCGUGUGCUUUUUAUGAUGAACGUGAGAUUUCCCAUGCAAAUCAUAAUGAAGAAAGGGAUGGCGAGAAAUUAAAAGCUACAACGAAUUUAGAUGUUACAGUCAUUAACGAUGUUCCGAAAAAUGACAAAAAGGCAGUUGGUGCUUUCUUGAGUAAUGAAGGGAUAAAUAUCCGUGCUGAUAAUAUAUAUGAUGUGAGAGGUGUAGACAACGGUAGUGGAAAUAGUGGAGACAAUGGAAAUUAUGCAAUUAAUGCUAUUAAUGCACAUAGUGAAAAGAGUUAUAACCCACCGGCAAGAGAAAACACUAAUGAGAAAAAUAGUUACUUCAGCUUAAAUAGUGAGAGUUAUGGAAAAAAGGACCCAGAAUGGAAUUACUGGAUGAACAAAAUAUCUGCUCACAAUAACGAGUUUUUCAAUCGUGCAUACUUAAGGGAAAAAAAAGAAGCCAUAGAUUUAAGGCAUUUUUUUGAAAGCAAGCAAAACAUUUAUAAAUGCUCCAUAUGCUGUAUGAUAUAUGAAUAUAAAACUGGGGGAAAUGAUGAUAAAAGAGGAGAAGAAAGGGACAAUUUUAAUUGCAUCUUUGUGUGUAAUGCAUGUAGUUUACAAUAUGCGUCCGUACAUAAGUAUACGACAACACAUAAUGAAAAUAAUAGUAAUAAAAAUAAUAAUUUAUCAAAAAUGAAUAAAGAGAGAAAUGAUAAAAGGAAAUUAUAUGAACUUGUUUAUUUUAUAAUAAAAAUGAGCUAUACAUAUAUGUAUUAUAAAAAGAAUUUUUUCAAAGAAUUUUGUAUCAUCUUAGAUGAAAUAUUUAGAAGAAAUAAAUCGAGUGCUAGAUUAUUACACUUAUUAUACUAUUCCAACGUAUUUUUUAAAUAUGAUGAAUUUUUCCUUCUUUUUUAUCGUAAAAUCAAAAGAGAUAUAAAAUUGAGGACCUUAUUUACCCAUAAUUAUUACUCGGUUACACAUUUAGGUUUGACAUAUGACCAUGUUAUGAAAUAUUUGCUAAAUCUCUUUUAUGUGAGAAUAUAUACUUGUUCUAAUAGAAGGAACAGAAAAGGGAACAGUUCCAAAUACACUCCUGAUAUAUAUCAUUUAGGAAGAAAAUUAUUAUUUUAUUAUCAUAAAAAUGGUAAGAGUUAUUUUGAACAAAUUGUCAAUAAUUCCAUUUAUUUUUUACAUUUGUAUUAUCUGUAUAAAAUACACAAUAAUGGGCUAAGGAAAAAACGAACCUAUAAUGGAGUAAACAAAUUAGCAGGGGAAGUCGAAAAAAGCAGCACUACAACAACCAUUCAGAAAAUUGCAGCAUCAUCCAGAAAAAAAAGGAGAAAAGUUAAUCAGAAUUUAUUAUUUAAAAUAAAAAAUACGAAAACCUUUGCAAAUCUAUCAAAUACAUUUAACCAAAAGGAAUCGAAAUUUUUUUUCUUGCAUAAGGAAAAUAUACCAAAUUCAAUGAACAACAGCGGUUGUAAUAAUGCUAAAGUGUUUAAAAAUAAGCGAUCAAAUGGAAGAGAACAAAAAUUGUUUAAUAAAAGAAAUUCCAAAGGAGUAUCAUCACUUUUAUUAUAUGAGAAAGCGUAUAUUGAAUACCAAGAUAGUAUUCAAAAUAAGAAUGAUAUAAUUGGAAGCAACAUUUUUUACAGCAUGGAGUACCAAAAGAAAAUAAAACAAUAUAUAAAAAAAAUAAAAUAUACAAUAAGAAAUAAAUUAAAUUUAUAUGUGAAAAUUAUGCUAAAUCUGUAUACGCAAGAAAGUUUGAAUAUGAUAAAAUACAAAAACAUAGAUAGCAAACGAAUCAAAAAGAGGAGGACUAGGACGAGGACGAAAACAUGCCUCUUGUGCCAUUAUGGUAAUUAUUUAUUCAAGGGAAGGUUAAUUCCAUUUUACGAUAUUUUUAUUCAUAGCGAAUGUUUGAAGUGGAGUCUAAAUUGCAUACAGUACUACAAACUCAAUAGUAAUAGCUGUGAAUGUCGCAAUAGAAUGACCAAAAGGGUGUUGGAAUGUCAGAUGAACGUUAAAAAUAAUCCAUCGAACAAUAAAAAAGAGACUAAAAGUUUAUCUACGAAAAGAAACAAAAAGAAAUCUGCAGGAAAUGGUGUUUUUUCAACUAAAGGUGAGAUAUUAGAGGGGAAUAAAGACAAUGUCGAAAGAAGUAAUCAGGGUUGUGGUGUGCAGGUUAAAAAUGCCAUUGUUAAUGUUCCUCAUGUUAAUGGUUCAUGUCCGAGUACUACCUUUGAUAGCUAUACCAAUAAAGUGGAUGAUAUGAACGUUGCAGGGGAAACACGCGUUAAGAGAGAAGAACAGAACAGGGAAAAUCAAGCUUAUCAGGACAUCCCUAUUGAAGACAAUGUACUGAAAGUAAAAAUGAACCCAGAUCGAAUUGUAAAUGUAAAAAAGAAUAUAAAAAACAUAAUAUUAAUGAAUAACUUCGAAUGGACAGAGAAUAUAAAUUUCUUUCAUAAUUAUGAACAUAUAAUAGAAAUAGAUGAAGAUGAUGUGAAGGAAAUAAUUUAUGAUUGCAUUAACUCGACAUGUUAUCUUUGUGGUUACAAAAAUGCCAGUGUAUAUUGUAGUAAUGAAAAUUGUAAUGUAAAAUUUCACUUAAAUUGUGCAUUUUACUCAACAGUUGUAAGAAAUUAUGAUAAAAAUAUUUUUUUCCAUUAUUUAAAAUGCUUUAAUUUAAUUAAGUUUAACAAGGAUACUAUUUUUUAUAAAUUGUGUCGUUCGUAUAAUAAUGCAAAAGAUAAGGAAUUAGUUCAUACACUUUAUAAGGAUAUUUUCCCAGUUCAUAUUAUAUAUAAAAUGAAAAAAGUUUGGUGUAAUAAAUGCUGGAAUUCGAAAAAAAUAUAUAACUCAUUCUAUAUAAUGAAGAAAAAUAUGCAAUGCUCUAGUAGAAAAGAACAAUGUAUAAAUACGGAAAAGUCCAAAAAAAAAUGCGUAAAUGUUAUUCUUAAGGAUGAGGAAGAACUAAGAAAAGGAAAUAUAUUUAAUCAAUGUAAUAAAACAAAGGAGAAUGACACAACAAUUGGGUUAAAUCAAGAGGAUAUGGAAAAGGAAAAGGAGAAGGACGAAAAUGAUGGUGGAGGAGAGAAAGUACAACAAGAACGAGAACAUGAAACAAUUUGCGCUGAGACAGACAAAAAAAAAACAUCACAUAAAAAAAAAAUUGAUGUUAUAGGAAGUUUUAAGAAUAUUAUUAAACAUUUUAUUCAUUUUUAUUUUGAAAACGAAUCGUACUAUGUCAUGGACAAAAUUUUAUACAACAUAAAUGAAUGUGUAAGAAUAAAAUAUAAAAACAAGUCCCUUGAUUUUGUACAUAAUAUUUUAAGUAAAGAAAGCAAGAUAGAAAAUAAAAUGAAACAAUUAGAAAAUAUCAUAAAUGAAUGUACAAACAAGAGUGGUGAUAAAAGUUUCGUUGAUUAUAGAUCCCAAUUAAUAUAUCACAGAAAUGGGCAUAGCAAUGAAACUCCUAAUAAACAAGGAAUGAAUAAAAAGUUUGCACUAAGCACUUGUGGUGACAUGGACCAAAACAAUAUGACAUAUAUGAAUGACAUAGACAUACAGGACAUCAUUGAUAAUAAAAAUAUAGAAAAUAUAUUCAAGUGCUAUUUUAUAUUAAAAUAUUUCUUAUAUAUAGGCAGUGAGAUAACGCUAAAGAAUGAAGAAUAUUUUUUUUUAAAAAAAAAGAAAAAUUUAUUUGCGGGAUAUGUACAUGAGAAUAAUGAGAAAAAAUACGACUUACGUUUGUCGAACGUGUUACAUAGCAGUUCCUCAUGUUCCAUGGGAAAUUUUUCCUCUGCUUCAAGAAAAGAGACGGCGAUACAUUUUAAGGAAAAGAACCAUAAAGGAAACUUACCAAUUCAUUCUUGUAUCAAUCCCAUAAAGGAAAAUAUUGUAUUGCAUGAGCCGAGUGGAACUAAUAAGGAACAACAAGAGCCUUGUAAACAUAUACUUUACACAACUUUCAUCGAUGAUGAAUCAGAGCUAGAUAACGAAAAUUCUGAAAUUUACAUUAGCAGUAAUAGUGAAAAUGAAAUGGAAGAAGUGGAUAUAACUAAUUAUUAUGAUAAAGAAAGGAAAGAGAAACAAUCUAAAGGCAUAAACCUUUAUUUCGAAUUAACAGAUAUUAAUAAAAAGGUAAAUAUAACGAGAUUGCAGAAGAUUAGUACUUUUAACGAAUUUAAAGAGAAUAAUCUAGCAUAUCUUAAUAUGAACCAAAAUAGUGAGACAAAAAAAAAUAUGACAAAAGGAAAUGGAAUAUCCAACUCUGCUACUGUCGCGAGCAUUACAACUACAACAAUUAGUUCUAACAUGGGUGGAUCUAGAAAGAAGGGGAAUGUAGAACAGCCAACAAGUGAAAAUAACAAUGUGACUGAUAAAAAAGAAUAUUUUUUAAAUAUGAUCAUGAACGAUAAAAAUGAUGUAUACAUCAAAAGAAUAAAUGAAAGAUUAUUCUCUAACUAUAAAUAUAAUACUAGAAAUAAUAGGAAUUUCUCAAAAUGUAAAAUUAUAAAAAUUGAAAGUCACAACAUUUUACAUAUGGGUGAAAUUGUAAAAUAUAAUGGAGAGAAAAGAAUAUAUCCAUGUGGUUUCUUAAAUAUGAAAAUAUUUUUUAAUUUACCAUCCUCGCGCUUAUUCCAUAUUUAUAAACAUGCAAAUAUUGGAAAUUCAGAUGAAAAAAAGAAAAUUUUGCAGAAAAUAUUUUUACAAAUACGUGCUACAUAUAUAUUUUCUAUUACACUAAAGAAUGGAAACUUUUUUUUUUCUAUUAUCUUAUUUCCCUUAAUAAGUAUUAACCAUUUUUCAGAAGUAGAUGCACAGAAUUUUGUAUUAGCAGAAAGCCAUGAUAUACAAGAGGCAUAUGAAAAAUUUUUGUUACAUUUUAAACCAAAUGAUGAUAAUAAUACGUGCAUAACAGAGGAAUAUAAAAAAUGCAUCGACAAAUAUAUGCAUUUGCUUGAGCAUUUACAGACUUAUAUAUACAAAUCCGUUGAACAUAACAUCAAAUCAGUUGAUCCACAUGACUUCUUCGGUUUGACAUCACCAUGUGUUAUAUAUCAAUUGAAAUACAAACUCUUUAAAUAUAUGUGGAAAAUUUUAAAUAAUAGGAUUAAAAAUUACAUCAGGAGGUCAAAUGAAAGGGAGGAAAUUAAAAAGAGGGUAAGGAACUGCACAAGGGAAGUCAUAUAUAAUGAUAAUUUGUUCUGCAAAUAUUCUAAUAUUGACAGUUGUAUUUUUAAGGAAAAUGAGAAGGAAAAGGAAAAAAACACAAGGAAGACCGUGAAGUACAAGUAUAACAUUAACAGCGCAAUGUCUUAUCGCUACUUAAUGAAUAUUUCGUCAAAUUCUCGAUUAUACGUAAAAAAAAGCAGUAUACAUGGAUAUGGACUGUACACUUGUGAAUUUAUUAAUGAAGGAGAACCGGUCAUCGAAUACAUUGGUGAAUACAUUAGAAACAUAAUAAGUGACAAGAGAGAAAAACAUUAUGACAAAAUUGAAAGUAGCUGCUAUAUGUUUAGGUUGAACGAAAAUAUAAUCAUCGAUGCCACAAAGUGGGGAAACGUUAGUCGAUUUAUCAACCACAGCUGCGAGCCAAAUUGUUUCUGUAAAAUAGUAAUAUGUGACCAAAACUUGAAACACAUUGUAAUUUUUGCAAAGAGAGACAUUGUAGCGCAUGAAGAAAUAACAUACGACUACCAAUUUGGUGUUGAAUCCGAAGGAAAAAAACUCAUGUGUUUAUGCGGCUCCAGUACAUGCUUAGGAAGAAUGAACUAA